GCGGCCAAGACGGGCGAAGGGACCGGUGUCCCCCUCUCCCCUCGAGGUGCUCUGGAGCCCUAGCACCAUGGAUGCUCUCAAUAGGAACCAGGUAGGACCUGGAUGCAAGACCCAGGCCAUGGUGCAGAAAGGACCCUUGGACUUGAUCGAGACAGGCAAAGGGCUGAAAGUGCAAACGGACAAACCCCAUCUGGUGAGCCUCGGCAGUGGGCGGCUCAGCACUGCCAUCACCCUGCUGCCGCUGGAGGAAGGGAGGACGGUGAUUGGCUCUGCAGCCAGAGACAUCUCACUGCAGGGGCCAGGCCUGGCUCCAGAGCACUGCUACAUUGAGAACCUGCGGGGCACCCUCACCCUCUACCCUUGUGGCAAUGCCUGCACUAUUGAUGGGCUCCCUGUCCGGCAGCCCACACGGCUCACUCAGGGCUGCAUGUUGUGCCUGGGUCAGUCCACCUUUCUCCGCUUUAACCACCCGGCUGAAGCCAAGUGGAUGAAGAGCAUGAUUCCAGCAGGGGCCCGGGCUCCUGGGCCCCCCUACGGCCCUGGCCUCGUGGAAUCAGAAAGUCUGGUGAAUGGGAACCACACCCCACAGCCUGCAACCCGGGGACCCUCGGCUUGUGCCAGCCACAGUUCCCUGGUGAGCUCUAUUGAAAAGGACCUGCAGGAGAUCAUGGACUCUCUGGUGCUAGAGGAGCCUGGAGCUGCUGGCAAGAAGCCUGCUGCAACCUCUCCACUGUCGCCAAUGGCUAAUGGUGGGCGCUACCUGCUGUCCCCACCAACCAGCCCUGGUGCCAUGUCUGUGGGCUCCAGCUAUGAGAACACCUCUCCAGCCUUCUCUCCACUCUCCUCACCAGCCAGCAGUGGAAGCUGUGCCAGUCACUCACCCAGCGGGCAGGAGCCAGGACCUUCUGUGCCCCCGCUGGUGCCUGCCCGUUCAUCCAGCUACCAUCUGGCCCUGCAACCCCCACAGUCCCACCCGAGCGGUACCCGCUCCUCUGAGAGCCCUCGGCUGGGCAGGAAAGGGGGUCAUGAGAGGCCUCCAAGCCCUGGCCUCCGGGGUCUGCUGACAGACAGCCCUGCAGCUACUGUCUUGGCAGAGGCCCGCAGAGCCACUGAGAGCCCCCGGCUGGGUGGGCAGCUGCCCGUGGUGGCUAUCAGCCUGAGUGAAUACCCAGCUUCCAGUGCUCGCAGCCAACCCACCUGCAUUCCUGGCAGUCCGAAGUUCCAGCCUCCAGUCCCUGCUCCCCGCAACAAGAUUGCCACACUCCAGGACCGCCCUCCCAGCCCUUUCCGUGAGCCUCCAGGCACUGAGCGGGUGCUGACAACCAGCCCUUCACGCCAACUGGUGGGCCGAACAUUUUCAGAUGGGUUAGCCACCCGCACCUUGCAGCCUCCUGAGAGUCCCCGCAUGGGUCGGCGGGGCCUGGAUAGUAUGCGAGAACUCCCUCCCUUGAGCCCAUCUCUGUCCCGACGAGCUCUCUCCCCUCUGCCUACCCGGACCACCCCAGAUCCCAAGCUAACCAGGGAAGUGGCAGAGAGUCCUCGGCCCCGGCGCUGGGCAGCCCAUGGGGCUUCACCAGAGGACUUCUCCUUGACGCUGGGGGCACGGGGGCGUAGGACACGGAGCCCCUCGCCCACACUGGGGGAGUCCCUGGCCCCCCGCAAGGGCAGCUUCAGUGGCAGGCUGAGCCCAGCCUACAGUCUGGGCUCUCUCACAGGGGCUUCGCCCCGCCAGAGCCCCUGUGCCCAGAGAAAGCUCUCCAGUGGGGACUUGCGGGUGCCCGUCACGAGGGAGCGGAAAAAUAGCAUCACAGAGAUCAGUGACAAUGAGGACGACCUCCUGGAGUAUCACCGGCGGCAGCGCCAAGAGCGACUCCGGGAGCAGGAGAUGGAGAGGCUGGAACGCCAGCGCCUGGAGACCAUCCUGAACCUGUGUGCCGAGUACAGCCGGGCUGACGGGGGACCUGAGGCUGGGGAGCUGCCCAGCAUUGGGGAGGCCACUGCAGCAUUGGCGCUGGCAGGCCGGAGGCCCUCACGAGGCUUUGCAGGGGCCACUGGGGCCUCUGGGCAGAGCAGUGAGGAGCCUGGAGGUGCCACCCAACGCCUGUGGGAGAGUGUGGAGCGCUCAGAUGAGGAAAAUCUCAAGGAGGAGUGCAGCAGCACUGAGAGCACCCAGCAGGAGCAUGAAGAUGCACCUAGCUCCAAGCUCCAGGGAGAGGUGCUAGCCCUGGAGGAGGAGCGGGCUCAGGUGCUGGGGCGCGUGGAGCAGCUCAAGGUCCGUGUGAAGGAGCUAGAGCAGCAGCUGCAGGAGUCGGCCCGAGAGGCUGAAAUGGAGCGGGCACUGCUGCAGGGGGAGAGGGAGGCAGAGCGAGCACUGCUGCAGAAGGAGCAGAAGGCAGCGGACCAGCUGCAGGAGAAGCUGGUGGCCUUGGAGAUGGGCAUCCAGAAGGAGAGGGACAAGGAGGCAGAGGCCCUGGAGACAGAGACAAAGCUCUUCGAGGACUUGGAGUUCCAGCAGCUGGAGCGGGAGAGCCGCGUGGAGGAGGAGCGCGAGCUGGCCGGCCAGGGGCUGCUCCGGAGCAAGGCUGAGCUGCUCCGCAGCAUCGCCAAGAGGAAGGAGCGCCUGGCAGUUCUGGACAGUCAGGCUGGGCAGAUCCGGGCCCAGGCCGUGCAAGAGUCCGAGCGCCUGGCCCGUGACAAGAAUGCCUCCCUGCAGCUGCUGCAGAAGGAGAAGGAGAAACUGACUGUGCUGGAAAGGAGAUACCACUCGCUGACAGGGGGCAGGCCCUUCCCGAAGACCACAUCGACCCUCAAAGAGGUUUACCGGUCCAAAAUGGAUGGUGAAGCUACUAGCCCUCUGCCUCGGACCCGCAGCGGCCCCCUCCCCUCCUCCUCAGGCUCUUCUUCCUCCUCCUCCCAGCUCAGCGUGGCUACCCUGGGCCGUAGCCCCUCCCCAAAGAGUGCUCUACUCACCCAGAAUGGCACGGGCAGCCUUCCACGCAACCUGGCAGCUACACUGCAGGACAUUGAGACCAAGCGCCAAUUGGCUUUGCAGCAGAAGGGCCAGCAGGUGAUUGAAGAGCAACGGCGGCGACUGGCUGAGCUGAAGCAGAAAGCAGCGGCCGAGGCGCAGUGCCAGUGGGAUGCCCUCCAUGGGUCUGCGCCCUUCCCAGCAGGCGCCUCGGGCUUUCCUCCACUCAUGCACCACUCCAUCCUACACCACCUGCCGGCUGGGCGGGAGCGUGGGGAGGAGGGCGAGCACGCCUACGAUACGCUGAGCCUGGAGAGCUCAGACAGCAUGGAGACCAGCAUCUCCACGGGGGGCAACUCGGCCUGCUCCCCUGACAACAUGUCCAGUGCGAGUGGUCUGGACGUGGGGAAGAUUGAGGAGAUGGAGAAGAUGUUGAAAGAGGCUCAUGCAGAGAAGAGCCGGCUCAUGGAGUCAAGGGAGCGGGAGAUGGAGCUUCGACGGCAGGCCCUGGAGGAGGAGCGGCGGCGGCGCGAGCAGGUGGAACGGAGGCUGCAGAGUGAGAGUGCCCGGAGGCAGCAGCUGGUGGAGAAGGAGGUGAAGAUGCGGGAGAAACAGUUUUCCCAGGCACGGCCCCUGACCCGCUACCUGCCAAUCCGGAAGGAAGACUUUGACCUGAAGACCCACAUUGAGUCGUCAGGCCACGGUGUCGAUACCUGCCUGCACGUGGUGCUCAGCAGCAAGGUCUGCCGUGGCUACUUGGUCAAGAUGGGUGGCAAGAUUAAAUCAUGGAAGAAGCGCUGGUUUGUCUUCGACCGCCUCAAGCGUACCCUUUCCUAUUACGUGGACAAGCAUGAGACGAAGCUGAAGGGGGUCAUCUAUUUCCAGGCCAUCGAGGAAGUGUACUACGACCACCUGCGUAGCGCAGCCAAGAGCCCAAACCCAGCCCUCACCUUCUGCGUGAAGACCCAUGACCGGCUGUACUACAUGGUGGCCCCAUCUGCAGAGGCCAUGCGCAUCUGGAUGGAUGUCAUUGUCACAGGGGCUGAGGGCUACACUCAAUUCAUGAACUGACUGCCAUGGGCCUCCUGGACCCUCGGGCUGGCCCCAGGACCCAUGCCCGGCCACCUGCUGCUCUCCUGCCCUGGAGAGAGCCGUGCACCGGGCCUCAAGGCUCACAGAAGCAGGGCAUGGCAGCAUGUGACUAGGGCUUUUGUACAAGAAGACUUUGUAAUAUUCUGUAAGGAGCUCAGCCCUGUGAGUCUGUGGGCUCUGGCCCCCUGAAGACCCAGCUGGAAGACAAAAAGUGGGGAGGGAGCUUUGCUGUCCCUUGGGCGCCUAGAAUUUGCAAUAACUCUUCAGGGUCCUGCGCCAGGCUGGCCAGGCUGAGGAGCCGCCGCAGAGUGGCCUCUCGGCUCUGACCUGGCUCCCGCUCUGCUCUCCCCAGCCUGUUUUCUCUGUUGUAAAGGACAAAUUAUGGUACCAUAAUCUGCCAAAGAUGCCCCCUUCCCUCAGCUCCCUUUGCAGGAGCCUUGCGGGCAGAGCAAAGCCUCCCCCAGUGGGAUAACAGCUCAGGCGGCUACUUCUAAAACCCCGCUCUGCCCUUGCUCUCCCUUCCUUUAUACUUUUUAUUACUUUGCUCAAGGGCCAGAGAUCUCAAGCAUCAUCCUUGAGGUCCCAGCCCUACCUCCU